UGAUUUGAUGUGCAGAGAAGAUUUUGUGCGCGCGACCAUCAUAGGUGAAGUAACUAAAUGCUUAUUACGCAUCAUUUGCAAACGGAACGAGCAGUGAGCAGCUACAGACAUAUUCGAUAUGGUGACAACACGACGAUUCUCACUUGAGCCGAACGGCAAAUUCAAGGGUAAAACUAUAGGCUAUAGACAUCUGCAAUGUCUGCUCAUAUCCUUGGGCUUCAGUUUGCUCUUCGCGAUGCGUGUGAAUCUCUCCGUGGCCAUUGUGGCGAUGAUGGACAAUAAAGGUUCGAAUCCGGACUUUCCGGAAUACCAAUGGUCGCAGCAAACAAAAUCGCACGUACUCAGCAGCUUCUUCUGUGGUUACGUUUUAGUGCAGAUCCCAGCUGGUGGUUGGGCGCGUCGCUUCGGCGGUCGUCAGCUACUGUUGCUCAGUGUCACGUUGAGCAGCAUUUUCGCGCUAAUUACGCCGCUCAGCGUCAGUUUGGGCGGUUGGAAGCUGUUAUGCUUGCUGCGCUUUUGCCAGGGACUCUUCCAGAGCGUUACGCUGCCUACAAUAGCAACGCUGAUGUCCAAAUGGGCGCCGAUUGAGGAGCGUAGCGCAUUGCAAACAUAUUGCUAUUCUGGUGCUCAACUGGGCAUUGUGGUGAUGUUGGGCACCAGUGGUGUGCUCUGCUCUUCUUCGUGGGGUUGGCCGAGCACUUUCUAUCUACCCGCUUUGUUGGGUUUAGCUUGGGCUGGUCUGUGGCUGGUGUUCGGUGCGAGCUCGCCACGCGAUUGCAAACACAUAUCGGCCGGUGAACGUGCCAUGAUCGAGGAAUCGUUGGGUCACGACACCAAAAGUGCGGAUUUCGCCAAAACACAUGCGGUGCCGUGGAAGCAAAUAUUCACAUCAAGACCAUUUUUGGUACUGAUCAUCAAUCAUUGCACAAAUAAUUGGUGCUUCUGGACGCUGCUCACGCAAAUACCGUCGUACAUAAACAGUGUGCUCGGCAAGGAUAUCAAGAGUAAUGCUUUGCUCUCGUCACUGCCUUACAUAACGAUGUUGGUGCUGUCUAUGAUCUGUUGUCCGAUAGCGAGUUGGUUGGAAAAAUCGAAAUUGUUGAAUGCAACCGUGAGUCGCAAGAUCUUCAAUACGAUUGGUCAAUGGAUACCGGUCGUAACGCUUAUCUCACUCGGCUAUCUGCAGCCAGAUCAAGGUGACUUGGCUAUAAUUUUGCUCACCGUAACUGUAGCCAUCAAUACUGUGGCACAUUUCGGCUAUGCGGUGAAUCAUCUGGAUUUGUCGCCCAACUUCGCAGGCACUCUUAUGGGCAUUGUCAACUGUUCAGCCAAUGUGAUGAGCAUCAUUGCACCGCUGGUGGUGGGCUACAUCGUCACCGAUACGAAAAACGUCUAUCAGUGGCGCAUCAUAUUCACAGUGGCUGGUUGCAUGAUUUUCUCGGGCAAUUUGAUGUUCCUGAUUUUUGGCACAGCCAAACAACAACCAUGGAAUAAUCCACCACAAAUCGUCCAGGAAGCAGAACCUCUCAAGAGUUUAGGUGCUGAUGGAAAACAAUUGGAAAAUGACCAAGAGAAGGAAGUUUCGCGAGUUUGAGGAAUGUGUGUUGAUAAUUGUAAUUUAUGUAUGUAUGAGGAAUAGUCAAAUCUAGUUUAAGGGUUGGGCAUAAUCAUAUUUGCGGGUUAACAUAAAUUUACGAAGAAUACUAACUAAUACGAGAAUAAAGAUGUAUAAAAUAAACCAA